AUGGUAGAUUUCGCGGCGCAACUGGUCAGACGCAUCGAUUCGGGCAAUGUCAAUGCUGUCACCAUGAAAGAACUUGAAGGCACCCUGAAGACCAAGACACCCCGUUCGCCAGCUGCUAGGGCAGCCGACUUCGACCGCCUCGGAACACAAAUCUGGAAUGCUGCUAUUCGCCUCAAAGAUCAGUCAUCACCAACCUUGAAGACUUGGCCACAACUCGAAUCUCAACUACGUGUCCUCGCCUAUCUUCUUCUGGAUACGGCGCAGCGAUCUUACGUCAAGCAUGGCAGCAGAAAGUCGUCCCAGAACUUGGUCCGCAUCCUCAAGACGGCCUUGAAAGCAGCGCGCGUCUGUAUUCACGCAAACGCUCUGGACAUUUGUACUAUGCUGUUUGAGAAAGUGGCCGAACAUGUCGAGCACAAACAGGAUCCACCUCCGGAGUAUAAGAAGGACAGGCAAGAAAGCGAGGCGGACGAGAUACUCAAAGAGUUGACAGCCGACUACUAUCUUCUGAGAGCGACGACGUCAUGGAAACAAGACAAACCUGAUACCGUAAGCUACUGGGUUGCGAGAGUUCUUUUGCUCCCGGACAGAGCAGACAUGCUGCAGCUGGCCGAGAAGAAGGCAGACCUGACAUAUGAAGUCGGCAAAUCAGCUCUGCAGCAGAAGCAGUUCAGCAACGCCGCAAGGUGGUUAGACCAGAGCUUCCAGAUCUUCGACGACAUUGAUCCCGAACUGUUGUCAUCCGACUUCUGCGACCUACGUCUGGUGGUCAUGCUCGAUUAUGUAGGUAUUGGGGAUGCUGCGUCAUUGGACAAAGCGACCGACCUCGUCGUGACGCUUGACCAGGAGCAUGGCUUCAAGACUGAAGUCCACCUUUUAAGGCUCGACAUCAUCUAUGCUAAGAGACCAUUCGAUCCAGCUGAGUUUAGCGGANNGGUGGGCCAAACUCUGAUAGAUCCUCAGCAUCAUAUCACUGACCACAUACAAGCUUUGAUCAGAAUCAUUCGUGGAGCCAUGCUCUCGGAGGGCACUUUCAAAUCACUCAAAGACUUGUUUGAAGAUAUCGCCAACGCAAAUGGCACAAAGUUGGAUCUGGAGGCAACACACGCUUCUCAAUCUUCGAUGACUGUCGCUCUCUCUCAAGGAGAUCUGACUGCUGCACGAGCAGCUUACUAUCAGAUGUCAGAUCACGGCAUGUCAGCCGCAACGACCCAAUAUCUUAUGUACAAGAUUGCCUUGCAGGAGAAUGAUGCUCACUUGGCUGCAACAUCGCUCGAAGGAGUCCUCAAGUCGUCUUCUAGAGACACCGAGAAAUAUCUCUAUGCGUGCGUACUCGAAGCGCAACAGAUAGGCGACCGACAGCAACUCAUCGCAACCAUGAACAAAGUCUUGGAACUCCAUGAGAAAAAUCCGUUGAGCGAUGUCCGCUUGCCAGUUCUUCUUCGGUAUGCGAGGUCAAACUCUAGUGUAUGGCAUAAGGCUGACAGUAUCCAGNNUUGUAUAGCCGGCUCUAUCGAGACGGAGUUAAACAACCAUGACAUGCCACUCGAAACUGGUCUGACUGAGCUGUGCAAUGUCUUCGAAGCUGAUCUGCUCCGCAAAGAAGGCGAGAAAGAUGACGGUCUUCUGAGUCGACUUCUCUUAUGUCGCUUUCUGACAACAUCUGCUUUGAUCGUCCUAGCGAGGUCAGAAGACAACAUUGAACGAGCUGUUUGUAUACGAGAUGUCCCUGACCGGAAACAUGUGCUGAUCUUGGAGCAGCUGCAACUCUAUCUCGACGCAAGAUGGCAGAUCGAAGCAUUUCACCAGAGAUAUCAAGAGACCAUACAACAGGAUUUGCUCCAACCAGAUGCAAUAUCUGACGUUGAGGUCAAGGAGUUCGAGAUGAUCAAGUUCGAUUUGGAGGCCCUCAUGCGUCUCGAACAAUGGCAAGACCUCGACAAAGUUCUUUCCGUAAGCUCACCACAUUACUCAUGCUUAACGCAUACUAACUCGGACCCGAGNAUGUGCCUCGAGUCUCGACACUCAAAUAGGCUCGAGAGCGCAGCAGACUUGGUUUUUCACAUCCAUACCCACAUAACCUCUUCUCCCUCCUAUUUCGCUCCCUCGAAUCCCCUCGCCAGAAUCCCUUCAGUGAUGGAGAAAAUCAUCAAUACAUGCUGGCGCAACGAUAAAGAUAUCUCACGCCUAGCCCGUUGGAUACGCUGCCUCUUCCAAAUGACGCUGACUAUCGACCCCAUCAUUUCCCUCCGCUGUCUGGACCAAGCGUCUGCUAUUGCAUCCAAAGCAGCCACGAGACACAUCCCCGAGGCUUACCCACCGGAAGAACUCGAGUGGUUAGCUAGUACGGCAUUCAACCAUGCCGUAGAUUUGUGGUUUGCAGGUGUUGAGGAGGAAGUAGAUGCGCAAGGAGGAGGGAACGAGCAAGCGAGGGUUUGGGCUGAGAAGGCUUUAAUGCUCGCAGGAAGUGUGGACGGGGCUAGCGCCGGAGUGCAAGGGCUGCACAAGGUUUUGCAGGAUAAGUGGAUGAAGUUGAAGGGUAUGGAUCACCGUCAAAGUUCGGACCAGUGA